GCAGCAGGCAGCAGGCAGCGGUCCGGCACUUGGUCGGUAUGUAGCAGCAGCAGCGGAGCUUCUGUCUGGGACUAUAGCGAGAAAAAAACGCGCCUUGGGUUGAAAAUAUUAGUAAGGGGAUUAAAAUUAAAACUACCCGAGGAUGAGACACACGCCGUCCGCCUGAAGGAGACUAAAACACGCCGUUAUUCCGCUAAUUUACCACCUUUUUUAAACGAAAAUGGCGAACGACUCUCCGGCUAAAAGUCUGGUGGACAUAGACCUGGCAUCCCUGAGGGAUCCUGCUGGGAUUUUCGAGCUGGUGGAAGUGGUCGGAAAUGGUACAUAUGGACAAGUCUACAAGGGUCGACAUGUUAAGACGGGACAGCUGGCGGCCAUCAAGGUCAUGGACGUCACCGAGUACAUGGAGCUGGGAAGCAUGGAGUACAUGGAUGACACCAACGAGGCUGGCUUAGCUAACACACCUGGUAUGGAGCCAUCCCUGGCUGCUUAUCUGGCACCGUCCCACAACCAUGGUGUUGGUGGCCCCACAACUCUGCCGUACAAGCAGUGCAGAUUCUCCACGUUGCAGCUGGACAUAAACUGCUGCAUGGCGUCUUACGCUGAUGGUAGAAUGAUGGUGAACGUUUGUGUGUGUGUUACAAAUGCAUCUCUUUCUCACCUCCAGCUGGUGAUGGAGUUCUGUGGUGCCGGCUCCAUCACAGAUCUGGUGAAGAACACCAAGGGCAACUCGCUGAAGGAAGACUGGAUCGCCUACAUCUCCCGAGAGAUCCUCAGGGGAUUAGCUCACCUGCAUGCUCAUCAUGUCAUUCACCGCGACAUCAAAGGACAAAACGUGCUGCUGACUGAAAACGCUGAAGUCAAGCUGGUGGACUUUGGUGUGAGCGCUCAGCUGGACCGGACGGUAGGUCGAAGAAACACCUUCAUCGGGACGCCAUACUGGAUGGCUCCAGAGGUCAUCGCGUGUGACGAAAACCCUGAUGCUACCUACGAUUACAGGAGUGAUCUGUGGUCCUGUGGAAUCACAGCCAUUGAAAUGGCUGAGGGAGCUCCUCCUCUGUGUGACAUGCAUCCAAUGAGAGCCCUCUUCCUCAUUCCCAGAAACCCACCUCCUCGACUCAAGUCCAAAAAGUGGUCAAAGAAGUUCUUCAGCUUCAUUGAGAGUUGCCUUGUGAAGAAUUACACCCAGCGCCCUCCCACUGAGCAGCUGCUGAAACACCCCUUCAUUCGGGACCAGCCCAAUGAGAGGCAGGUCCGCAUCCAGCUCAAAGACCACAUCGACCGAACCAAGAAGAAGAGGGGCGAGAAAGAUGAGACAGAGUAUGAAUACAGUGGCAGUGAAGAAGAGGAGGAAGAGUCAUCUGAGCAAGAAGGAGAGCCAAGUUCCAUAGUCAACGUGCCGGGCGAGUCGACCCUGCGUCGUGACUUCAUACGUCUGCAGCAGGAGAACAAGGAGCGUUCGGAGGCCCUUCGCCGCCAACAGCUCCUCCAGGAGCAGCAGCUCCGUGAGCAGGAGGAGUACAAGCGCCAGCUGCUGGCUGAGAGGCAGAAACGUAUCGAGCAGCAGAAGGAGCAGCGGAGACGGCUGGAGGAGCAACAACGACGUGAGCGCGAGAUGAGGAGGCAGCAGGAGCGUGAGCAGCGCCGGCGCGAGCAGGAGGAGAAGAGGCGCAUCGAAGAGAUGGAACGACGCCGCAAAGAAGAGGAGGAGCGCAGGAGGGCCGAGGAGGAAAAGAGGAGGGCCGACCGCGAGCAGGAGUAUAUACGUCGACAGCUGGAGGAGGAGCAGAGGCACCUGGAGAUCCUGCAACAGCAGCUCCUCCAUGAACAGGCCAUGCUUCUGGAGUACAAAUGGCGGGAGCUUGAGGAGCAGCGGCAAGCUCAGAAACUCCAGAGACAGCUGCAGCAGGAGCAGGCCUACCUGCUGUCGCUUCAGCAAAACCAGAACUUGGACAGUAGCAAAACAGCCCAGCAACAGACCCCCAAACCCCCACAGAACCCUGAACCUGACAGGGUAAAGCCUCUGCAAGCCCCUGAGCAGGAAACAACAAAACAACCACAGAACACUGACAGUGAGAAGACACGGCCCAGUCCAGCCUCCAGUCUGGAAAAAACUACAGAAAGCAGGCUACCAGUGGCUGACCUUCAAGGCCCCGCCCCUGACUCUGAGCCAGUCAGAGAGGCUGACGAGCGAUAUCGGAAGAACGUCCAGGGUUCUCCCCAGGCGGCUCAGACCAAACCACAGCAGCCUCCGGUGCCGCCGCGAUCUGAGUCUUCAUACCCCAAUGGGAACUCUGCUUCUGAGGCCAUGCACCGGCCUGUGGAACCACAGGUUCCUGUCAGGACUACAUCAAGGUCCCCAGUGUUGCCGAGGCGAGAUUCGCCUCAUCACCUUGGCAACGCCGUACACAGCAGCCACGCAGCACAACACAAUGCUGCCAGUGCAGCGGAGCCUCGGCUGCUGUGGGAACGAGUGGAGAAACUGGUUCCCAGAACGACCAGUAAUACUGGCAGCGGAGGCUCCAGUUCCUCUAGCAGCUCCAGUAACUCCAGCUCUCAGCCCGGUUCUCACUGUGGCUCAGGAGAGAGGUUCAGGGCCCGCUCCUCUUCUAAAUCGGAGGGUUCACCCCUCCAGCGGCCAGAGAAUGCUGGGAAAAAACCAGAGGAGAGGAGGGACGUGCUCAGGCCGAACAGAUCAGCGGACCUGACGGCUCUGGCCAAAGAACUGCGUGCCGUGGAUGAUGUUCGCCCCCCAAAUAAGGUGACAGAUUACCCUUCAUCCUCCAGUGAAGACUCGGACACCACUGACGAAGAUGACGAUGAAGAGGUGGAUCAGGAGGCAGGUGAAGAGUCGACCUCUGGCCCGGAGGACUCCAGAGCUGUUUCUUCUCGGCUGAGUAACGGAGAAACGGAGUCUGUGAAAACCAUGAUCGUCCACGAAGAGGGCGAGAGUGACGCGGGCACAACGCCAUGCAAAGACAGCACGCUGAUUGUCAGACAGAGCCAGUCUAGUAACAACAUGCAGAAGCACAAGUCUUCUUCCUCCUUCACUCCGUUCAUUGACCCACGACUUCUCCAGGUCUCUCCAUCCACCGGCAGUGCCCUCAACAAUGUCGGCUAUGGGAACGAUGCCCGGCUGGCAGAGGCACUGAGAGCAGAUCCAUCCCGGAAGGGCUCCGUGGUCAACGUCAAUCCGGUCAACACCCGCCCUCAGAGUGACACCCCAGAGAUCCGCAAAUACAAGAAGAGGUUCAACUCUGAGAUUCUUUGCGCUGCCCUCUGGGGAGUGAACUUACUGGUGGGAACAGAAAGCGGCCUGAUGCUGUUGGAUCGCAGUGGUCAGGGGAAAGUUUACCCUCUGAUUAACCGCCGACGCUUCCAGCAGAUGGACGUCCUGGAAGGACUCAAUGUCUUGGUCACUAUAUCAGGUAAGAAGAACAAGCUCCGUGUAUACUACCUGUCCUGGCUGAGGAAUAAGAUUCUGCAUAAUGACCCAGAGGUUGAGAAGAAACAAGGCUGGACAACCGUAGGAGACUUGGAGGGAUGCGUCCACUACAAAGUUGUGAAAUAUGAGAGGAUCAAAUUCUUGGUUCUGGCUCUGAAGAACUCUGUGGAGGUCUACGCUUGGGCACCCAAGCCCUACCACAAAUUCAUGGCCUUCAAGUCUUUCGGUGAUCUGGUGCAUAAGCCGCUGCUGGUUGACCUGACUGUGGAGGAAGGUCAGAGGUUAAAGGUAAUCUAUGGCUCGUACUCAGGCUUUCACGCCGUGGAUGUCGACUCUGGGGCCGUUUACGACAUCUACCUGCCCACACACAUCCAGACGAGCAUCCAGUCUCACGCGAUCAUCAUUCUGCCUAACACUGAUGGCAUUGAACUGCUCGUGUGCUACGAGGACGAGGGUGUUUAUGUCAACACCUACGGACGCAUCACCAAGGACGUGGUGCUGCAGUGGGGGGAGAUGCCCACCUCAGUGGCCUACAUUCGGUCUAACCAAAUCAUGGGUUGGGGCGAGAAAGCCAUCGAGAUCCGCUCUGUGGAGACCGGUCACCUGGACGGCGUCUUCAUGCACAAGAGAGCUCAGCGACUCAAGUUCCUCUGUGAAAGAAAUGACAAGGUGUUUUUCGCCUCUGUACGUUCUGGAGGCUCCAGCCAGGUGUACUUCAUGACUCUGGGCCGAAGCAACCUGCUGAGCUGGUAGAGGUCCACGGCCUGCCCUCUUUCUCCUCCUUCUCCUCAUCUUCCUCAUUGUCCUCCCCCUCUCUCUAACACUGGAUCUCAGAAAACCACCAUUGAUGUCUUGUCAGCCCUCGGACAACCAAACGAGAACAAACACAGCAACCUACCAGCCGUCUGGAGCAGUCGACAGCAACGCCCUGUAGCUGCAGCCUUGCUGGGUCUGCCUGUGACGCAGAGACAGCCGGUCAAGUCGUCGGUCCCUUCCGUAAAAUCCGAAGCGAUGGCUUAUAACGCGCAUAAUGAAAUCAAAGGUUAAUAAAUGAAAGGAAGUAGUAAUACUGUAAAUGUGAAUUCAAGAAAAGGGAGGGGCAAGCAACGUUUUGUUUCCCUCUCAGUUUUCUUGGUGCUCAUCGGAUGCAUUGCGAUGGGAUAGAUUUUUGUACCUCUGCAUCCUUUCCCGGGUUGGUUAGUAAGCUUGAGGUCUUCUACUACUAUUGCUACCGCUAUUGUUCUUACUACCACUGCUACUACCUUCUGCAGGUCUGCCUCUUGUAAGGGAGUCCCCCCCUUUGCCCCAUGUUCCCACCAUCCGCCCCUUCUUGUGAGCAUGGGGCUGGUGGGGCUCUAGAGUGUGUUGUAUUAAUGCUACAGUAGUGUGUGUGUGUGUGUGUGUGUGUGUGUAAAUGUACUUCUGUUUGGUCCACCUACUGCUAACAUGCUGGUUUGUCCAAUGAGCUGGAGGCUCAGUGACAAACAUGAGAAAGGGACCUAAUAUUGAAGGUUUUUACCACAAAGGUCAGGUUGACAGGACUCAAACAUGAGGGUGUGUGCGUGCGUGUGUGUGGUUGAAGUAUAGUGUUGUAUCGGACAGGCGCUUUAAAAAGAAGGGGAGGGCGGAGAGAGUUGGUGUAGGUGAUGGAUUUCAGAAUAGUAUUUUUUGAAUCAUUAUUAUUCCUUGAAGAUAAGUGUAACUAUGUGGAGUUAAACAUGUCUUUUACCUUGUUUUUUUAAAUCAUUCACACACAUCCACCUACACAACUUGCUUGCUCUAAAACCACAGAAGUGUAAGGUGUGUCCGUAUGAAAAGAAUGCAAUGCGGGUGUGAUCCAAAAUAUUAAAUAAAGUGUCUAUGUACAAAUAAAGCUUUGGGAACUUUUGUCGUGUCGGACCGGCGGCGGGGAAGCAUGACGACCUGAUCUUAACUCGAGAAACUUGAACUGCUGUGAAUAAACAGAUAUAACGUGGAGAGAGGGGAAAAAAUCGAGAGAUAAUGUAGAUGAGAAAGUUUAGUACGUGUAUGUGUGCGCGUGUGCCGUCAACAGUUCGGCAUCGCUUCGGCAAAUUUGGGUUUAAGUGGCAGAGAGGUAAACACGUGGUCGGCGGGUUUGUUUUGGCACAGGAGGCGGAGUUCCAUCUUCCAUUUCAUGAUUUCGACUCAUUUCAUGCUUCAUUUAGAACAUUUGUAUGUAUUCAAUGCACUAAGUGUCAAGAAUGUAGAAAGACUUAUUACUGUGUGGUGGUCCAAGGCAUGAGAUGACGUUUUUGCUUUGUAUCUUGUCACGAGUGAUCAAUCCUAGGUGUUCGGUUUUGGAGUCGAAGCUGCGGCGGCGGCAGCAGAGCCUCUGCGUCAGAUGUACAUAUUUCGAUUCCGUAUUUGUUUCGCAGCCUUCGGCAAUCUGUGUGUCAGAGCUGAGGAGCGUUUCUCGCGGCUUUCCCGUUCAAACGAGAACACGCGCGCCUUUAUUGAUUCAGCACUCAGACUCUGGAUUUCAGUGUUACUGUGAUGAAGUGUCUCCAAACAGGCAACACUGAGCAGAGAUUUUCCCCUCAAUCGGCUGUUUGUGAAGGAACUGACGAGAGAAUCCCCAUUUUUCUUUUUUUUUUAUAGGAAGGAAUAGUUUGUCUAUUUUGUGCCCCUCCCUAACCCCCUCAUGUCCCACUCCAGCUGUUAUUGAAGUUCCCUGUAUGCGAAAGACUGAGCAACAACCUUCGGCAUGGACGAUCUUUGCCCAGCUGGAUUUUUUUCCUUCCUUUUUUGCAAUGAUUCUCAUCGUUUGCUCACAGGAAGAGCAAGGGGAGAGUCCGAUCUAUGACAUCAUAUCCAAACACACCUUUUGUCAGGACACAAACAAGCUUAUCUUGGGUGUUUUCCCUCCUUGACGAUAAGGUUACUGUUGGUCACUUAGUUUAUGUCUCUGUAUGGAGAAGCCGUUCGGGCCCCAGUGCUUUUGUCUGAGGUCUGCGUGUGCAGUAGUGCUCGGUGUGUGUCUCUUCUUGCAUCAAGGCCUUGAUGAGUGGCUGUAUUGAAUUAAUGAAAAUAAUUUGUGGCUAUUAUCAAUAUUCUUAUUGAUCUAAAGAAAGAAACGAGCCGAUUGAGACGAAUCAGUCGUUUGCAGGCUUGUGUUGGAAAAAGUGCCAAGAGGGCAGCAUUUAAAACGUGUAAACCUGUUGUUAUAAGAACCACUACUUGGAAAUCCUUUCUUUCAAAAAAUAAAAACAACAAAAAAACAUAAAAAAAUCACUCGAAGCAUUGUGUAUUCUUAAGUUUUAGAGCUAGUUGAGAAGCUUAACAAUAGUUUCUGUUGUUUCUGUAAGUCUAUGUAAACGUAACUAUGCGACUGCGGUGGUUUAAUAUUAUUACACUCACCUUAGGUGGAGAAACUGUUUACAGAGGCAAUGUUUUGUUACACUAAUGUGCAUCAUGGUAUUUAUGUUUGAGAGCAUAAUGCAUCUUUAGUUCUUUAACUCAUACUUUCUGCUUUUUGAGCCCACUUUUUAUUGGAUAUUUUAAAUUUUUCGUUAGUUUGUAUUUAUUUUUCUUUGUCAUUUCUCCCACCCCUGCUAACUUUUUCCACAACAAAGAACACACGUGUUGUUCAUUUCAGGUAUUCACACAACGCUGCUUCAACAUGGAAACAUUACAGUAACGUUCCUUGCAGGCUUGGACGUGAGGCAACGUGUUUUUUCCUCUGCUGUUUCUGCCGUGCUACUCUAACUUAUGUCCUCUCUGUGUAUGACAGGAAGUCAUGUAUUUUCCUGAAAGUUUUUUGUUUUGUUUUCUUUGAAUAA